UCCUCUGCCUCUUCCUCGUCCUCCGUCACCGCCAAGGUAUCCACAAUUAGUGAAUCCGGUUACCAACUCCACCGGCCUUUCUUUAAGAUGACAGACGACGCGUUGUUGAAGCAAAUAGAGGAGUCAACCAAGGAUUUCUCCCGUCACCAGGCCGACACUCUCCGCUCCAUCCUCCAGCACCAGCGCGGCGUUCAUUAUCUCCAACGUUACCUCCCCGACAUCGGAGAUCGCUAUCUCCCGAUUGACGCCGCCACUUUUAGAUGCUCCGUGCCGUUAUCUUGCUACGAUGAUUACGUCGAUUACAUCAAUCAAUUAGCCAACGGAGACAACUACAGUGAUGAUCACGAUCCUCCCCACAUCUUGUCCGUCGACCGUCUCGUUUGCUUCUUUUACAGUUCUGGAACAACUUCAAUGAAGCCUAAAUUGAUACCUUACUUCGAUUCAGCGCUUUCAAAGGCGGCGUCGUAUAUAGCUCAUCAAGGAAGCGCUGUUGUUCUUCGUAGGUUUUUUCCUCCAAGGCCUGAAGUGAACCAGAGACUGGCAUUUAUAUAUGCCGAUAGCAUUACAACUACUAAAGGCGGCUUCAAGGUAAUGGCUGCUUCUUCGUUCCCAUUCCACAAUAGUAGUAAUGCGAACUAUUCUCUGUUUAUGUCUUUCGCUAGCCCCAUGGAAGUGAUUCUUGGAUCAAAUGUUGAGCACCAAUUGUACUGUCACCUUCUCUGUGGUCUUAGAAAUUCUGAUUCUAUAGAUGCUAUUCAUGCCCCAUAUGCAUUAGGUUUGAUUAGAGCUUUCAGGGCAUUGGAAUCCAAGUGGGAGCAACUAUGUAAUGAUAUCGAAAAAGGGUUUCCGUGUUCAGAGAUUAAUGAUGUCCGAAUGAGAGAUUCUGUUGUUGAGGUUCUCAGUGGACCACAACCAUAUUUAUCGAAUAGAAUUCGAUUGAUUUUUGAAAAGAAGGAUUGGGGUGGGAUUUUGCAUAAAUUAUGGCCAAAUGUUCGAUAUAUUAGAUGUGUCACAACCGGGAGUAUGAAGCAGUAUUAUUCCAAACUAAAGCACUUUGCAGGAGAGGUACCUCUGGUAGGUGGGGAUUACUUUUCAUCAGAAUGCCCCGUGGCCAUUAACUUGGAUAUCAAGCAACCACCAGAUCAGACUAGAUUUGUUAUGCUUCCCACCACCGGAUAUUUUGAGUUCCUUCCAUUUAAUUCAACCGAGAACGAAGUUGUCAUUGGUGAAGAAACUGUGUAUGUUUGUGGUGUUGAGGUAGGGAAGAUGUACGAAGUAGUAGUGACUACAUAUAGAGGAUUUUAUAGAUAUCGUCUUGGUGACAUUGUAAGAGUUGUUGGUUUCUAUAACACAUCUCCAUUGCUGGAGUUUGUGAUGCGUGCUCCCAAAACUUCAUUCGAGAUAGUGACCGAGGGAGAUUUGAUGGCUGCCAUGGAGAGUUUUCAACUUGUGAUAAGAAAUACCAUGGGCUUGGCAAUAGAGAUAGUGGACUUUACGAGUUCCAUUGACUUCGAUUGCAGUCCUAAGAGACUGAAGAUCUUUAUUGAAGCUCAAGACUGUGAUACGAUUUUGCAGGAAAAGUUGCGGGGAUCAGACCUUAGAAAAUGUUGUUCUGCUGUCGAAGAUGGUUUGGGAAGUAUCUAUAAGGUGCAGAGGAACAAUGGUGAGAUAAGCCCUUUGUCACUAUCAAUUUUGAAUUGUGGUAGCUUUGACAGGUUACUAAAGCUAGCAAUAGAGAAUGGAACUCCAGCUAGUCAAUAUAAGUCACCUAAGAUUAUAAGAAACCCUAGCAUUGUUGAUGUUUUGGAGGAAUAUGUUCUUGUGAAUAUAACCUUAGAUUAAGACCUCUAUGUGCUUAGUGGCUUUCAGCCUUUUGAUCCUUAAUGGAAUACCCGGAAAGUUUUUGUUAUUU